AUGACAGGCCCAGAUGAAUGGUUAGAAACAGUAAAAAAAUGUCAAUCUCUGACAGAAUCUGAAAUGAAACAGUUAUGUGAAAUGGUGAAGGAGUUACUGAUGGAAGAGAGCAACAUUCAGCCAGUGAUGACACCCGUGACUGUCUGUGGUGAUAUCCAUGGUCAGUUUCAUGAUCUAUUGGAAUUAUUUAGAACCAGUGGUGGAUUUCCCGAUCAAGUUAAUUAUGUCUUUUUAGGUGAUUAUGUAGAUAGAGGGUUUUACUCAUUGGAAACAUUCACUUUAUUGAUGUGUCUUAAAGUGAAAUAUCCAGAUAGAAUAACUUUAGUGCGUGGGAAUCAUGAGUCUCGACAGAUUACUCAAGUUUAUGGGUUCUACGAGGAAUGUCUAAAUAAGUAUGGGUCAACUACAGUUUGGAAAUAUUGUUGUCAGGUGUUUGACUUCUUGACUUUAGCUGCUAUCAUUGACGGUAAAAUACUUUGUGUCCAUGGUGGUUUAUCCCCUGAAAUUAGAAUGUUAGAUCAAAUCAGAGUAUUGUCUCGUGCACAAGAAGUUCCACAUGAAGGUGGGUUUUCUGAUCUUUUAUGGAGUGAUCCAGAUAACGUAGAAGCAUGGCAAGUUAGUCCCCGUGGUGCUGGUUGGUUAUUCGGGUCUAAGGUGGCACGUGAAUUCAAUCAUGUUAACGGUUUGAAUCUGAUUGCAAGAGCACAUCAGCUAGUUAUGGAAGGUUUUAAAUAUCAUUUCCCAGAGAAAGAUGUAGUAACAGUCUGGUCUGCGCCAAACUAUUGUUAUAGAUGUGGGAAUGUGGCCAGUGUGAUGAAAGUAGAAGAAGACUUAGAACCAACUUUUAAAAUAUUUUCUGCUGUUCCAGAUGAUUAUUUACAACAAGAUGUUAAUGGAGUUGCUACAUCCACUACUUCAGGUAUUAAUGGGAACCAAAGAGCCGGUUAUUUCCUAUGA